CAGCUGCUUCCGGGUCAAUGCAGGACGCUGGACAGCGGCCCGAGGGGAGGACGAGGUGAAGCGGCCAGGGCCGGGGUGGUCUGGACAGCGCAGAGGCCACGCGUCUGCCACAGAGCUGCCGGGAGGGGGGCGUCAGGCGCCGCGGGAGGAGCCGCCGCGGAGCCCCGCCUCCCGGGCUGCGGGGAAAGGAAGAUGGAUCAACCUAGUGGAAGGAGUUUUAUGCAAGUAUUAUGUGAAAAAUACAGUCCUGAAAACUUUCCUUACCGCCGUGGUCCUGGGAUGGGAGUCCACGUCCCAGCUACCCCUCAGGGCUCUCCUAUGAAAGACCGCCUCAACCUCCCCAGUGUCCUGGUGCUGAACAGCUGCGGGAUAACCUGUGCGGGGGACGAGAAGGAGAUCGCUGCCUUCUGUGCUCAUGUGUCAGAACUCGACCUUUCUGACAACAAACUGGAAGACUGGCAUGAGGUCAGUAAAAUUGUGUCAAAUGUUCCCCAGUUGGAGUUUCUAAACCUGAGUUCCAACCCUCUGAAUUUGUCGGUUUUAGAAAGAACGUGUGCUGGGUCCUUCUCGGGGGUUCGCAAACUUGUCCUCAAUAACAGCAAAGCUUCUUGGGAGACGGUCCACACGAUACUGCAGGAGUUGCCAGAUUUGGAGGAGCUCUUCCUGUGCCUUAACGACUAUGAAACAGUGUCUUGUCCUUCUGUUUGCUGUCCUUCUCUGAAGCUCCUGCAUAUAACAGACAAUAACCUCCAGGACUGGACUGAAAUACGAAAGUUAGGAGUUAUGUUUCCUGCGCUAGACACCCUCGUCCUGGCCAACAAUCAUGUGAAUGCUAUUGAGGAGCCUGAUGAUUCACUGGCCAGGUUGUUUCCUAAUCUGCGAUCCAUCAGCCUCCACAAGUCAGGUUUGCAGUCCUGGGAAGACAUUGACAAACUAAAUUCCUUCCCCAAACUUGAAGAAGUGAGAUUGUUAGGAAUUCCUCUUCUGCAGCCAUAUACCACUGAGGAGCGAAGGAAACUGGUGAUAGCCAGAUUGCCAUCAGUUUCCAAACUUAAUGGGAGUGUUGUUACUGACAGUGAGCGGGAAGAUUCUGAGAGAUUUUUUAUUCGUUACCAUGUGGAUGUUCCGCAGGAAGAAGUGCCAUUCAGUGUAUUUCUUCUGCCUUGCACUGGGAUGAAUUAUUCAUCAUUACUUAGAAUUUGGGUCUCUUUCAUCUUUGCUCUUGUACAGCAGCAAGUUCAGCCCAGGGAGCUCAUGUAUCCAUUUUGGCAGAAUGACACCAAAACCCCUAAAGUAGAUGAUGGAAGCUCGCCUGAGAUCAAGCUGGCCAUCCCCAUUUUCUUCUUCGGGGUCCCUUACCGCACUGUCUAUGUCAAUAACAAUGGAGUUGUGUCCUUCAACGUGCUAGUCAGCCAGUUCACGCCAGAGUCCUUCCCCUUGACGGAUGGGCGGGCCUUCAUUGCUCCGUUUUGGGCAGAUGUGCACAAUGGGAUUCGAGGCGAGAUCUAUUACAGAGAGACCAUGGACCCUGUCAUCUUGAAAAGAGCCACCAAGGACAUCAGGAAGUACUUCAAAGACAUGGCAACCUUCUCUGCCACCUGGGUUUUCAUUGUGACCUGGGAGGAAGUCACAUUUUAUGGAGGGAGCAGCACCACACCUGUGAACACGUUCCAGGCUGUCCUGGUGUCUGAUGGCUCCUAUACAUUCACACUCUUCAAUUAUUAUGAAAUCAACUGGACCACUGGGACAGCCAGCGGCGGCGACCCCCUGACGGGCCUUGGGGGAGUGAUGGCACAGGCAGGAUUUAAUGGUGGAAACCUCACCAAUUUCUUCAGCCUCCCAGGGUCAAGAACCCCGGAUAUUGUGAAUAUCCAGGAGACCACAAACGUCAAUGUUCCAGGCCGCUGGGCAUUUAAAGUUGACGGGAAAGAAAUUGACCCAGCCAAUGGCUGCACGUCCAGAGGACAGUUCCUUCGGCGAGGGGAGGUGUUUUGGGAAGACCUGAACUGCACCAUCAAGUGCCGCUGUUUGGAUUUCAACAAUGAGAUCUAUUGCCAGGAGGCCUCUUGCAGUCCAUUUGAAAUAUGCGACCCCAAAGGCAAAUUCUUCUACUGCAGCCCUGUGGAGACUAGUACGUGUGUAGUGUUCGGAGAGCCACACUAUCACACUUUCGAUGGCUUCCUCUUCCACUUCCAAGGCUCUUGUGCCUACCUGUUGGCCCGGCAGUGUUUGCAGACUUCCAGUCUCCCCUUCUUCAGUGUGGAGGCCAAAAAUGAACACCGGGGAGGGUCAGCUGUCUCCUGGGUGAAGGAGCUGUCUGUGGAGGUGAAUGGCUACAAGAUUCUCAUUCCCAAAGGAAGCUACGGAAAAGUCAAGGUUAAUGAUCUGGUGGCUUCUUUGCCCGUCACCUUAGACUUGGGGGCAGUGAAAAUCUACCAGAGUGGCAUGUCUACAGCUGUGGAAACGGAUUUUGGGCUCUUAGUGACUUUCGAUGGCAAGCACUACGCCUCCAUUUCUAUCCCAGGCUCCUACAUAAACUCCACGUGUGGGCUCUGUGGGAACUACAAUAAAAACCCACUGGACGAUUUCCUCCGCCCAGACGGCAGGCCAGCCAUGUCUGUCCUGGAUCUAGGAGAGAGCUGGAGGGUCUACCACGCCGAGUGGAGGUGUGAUUCAGGCUGCGUGGACAACUGCACCCAAUGCGAUGCGGCCACAGAGACCCUCUACUUUGGUUCCGACUACUGUGGCUUCCUCAAUAAGACCGAUGGCCCCCUGUGGGAGUGUGGCACCGUCGUGGACUCCACAGCCUUUAUUCACAGCUGUGUGUAUGACCUGUGCAGCGUGAGGGACAAUGGGACACUCCUCUGUCAAGCCAUCCAAGCCUAUGCCCUUGUGUGCCAAGCCCUUGGCAUUCCGAUUGGAGACUGGAGAGUGCAGACUGGGUGUGUGUCCACGGUCCAGUGUCCGAGCUUCAGCCACUAUUCCGUGUGCACCAGCAGCUGCCCCGACACGUGUUCAGACCUCACAGCCUCUCAGAACUGCGCCACACCAUGCACGGAGGGCUGCGAGUGUAACGAGGGCUUUGUCCUCAGCACCAGUCAGUGUGUUCCGCUGCACAAGUGUGGCUGUGACUUCGACGGCCACUACUACACCAUGGGGGAGUUCUUCUGGGCCACAGCCAACUGCACCGUGCAGUGCCUGUGUGAGGAGGGUGGUGAUGUAUACUGCUUCAACAAGACCUGCCGGGGUGGGGAGGUGUGCACCGUGGAGGACGGCUACCGUGGCUGCUUCCCCAAGCGGGAGACUGUGUGCCUGCUCAGCCAGAACCAAGUGCUGCACACCUUUGACGGGGCCGCAUAUGCUUUCCCCUCUGAGUUCUCCUACACGCUGCUCAAGACCUGCCCGGAGCAACCAGAGUACCUAGAAAUCGACAUCAAUAAGAAGAAGCCUGAUGGAGGGCCUGCCUGGCUUCGAGGCCUUCGGAUCCUGGUGGCCAACCAGGAGGUCAAGAUCGGAGGAAUAGGGGCUUCAGAAGUCAAGGUGAAUGGUCAGGAAGUGGAAUUACCAUUUUUCCAUCUUUCGGGGAAGCUGGAAAUUCAUCGAAACAAAAACAGCACAACAGUAGAGUCCAAGGGUAUUGUGAGUGUCCAGUACUCAGACACAGGCCUGCUCUACAUCCGGCUCUCCACUGUUUACUUCAAUUGCACUGGGGGCUUAUGUGGCUUCUUCAACGCUAAUGCCAGUGAUGAGUUCUGUCUCCCCAAUGGCAAAUGCACAGACAACCUGGCUGUGUUCCUGGAAAGCUGGACAACUUUUGAGGAGAUCUGCAAUGGGGAGUGUGGGGACUUGCUGAAGGCCUGUAACAAUGACUCGGAGCUGCUCAAAUUUUAUCGGAGCCGCUCCAGGUGUGGCAUCAUCAAUGACCCCUCCAACAGCUCCUUCCUAGAGUGCCAUGGAGUGGUCAACGUCACCGCUUACUACCGCACCUGCCUCUUUCGCUUGUGCCAGAGUGGAGGCAAUGAAUCAGAGCUCUGUGACUCUGUGGCCCGGUACGCAAGCGCCUGCAAGAAUGCUGACGUGGAGGUUGGCCCCUGGCGGACUUACGACUUCUGCCCUCUGGAGUGCCCGGAGAACAGCCACUUUGAGGAAUGUGUGACGUGCACGGAGACCUGUGAGACCCUGGCCCUGGGCCCCAUCUGUGUGGACAGCUGCUCUGAGGGAUGUCAGUGUGAUGAAGGCUAUGCCCUGCAAGGCAGCCAGUGUGUCACCCGCAGUGAGUGUGGCUGCAACUUUGAGGGGCACCAGCUUGCCACCAAUGAGACCUUUUGGGUAGACCUGGACUGCCAGAUCUUCUGCUAUUGCAACGGCACAGACAACAGCGUCCAUUGUGAGACCGUCCCCUGCAAGGAUGACGAGUACUGUAUGGAGGAAGGUGGCCUAUACUACUGCCAGGCCCGCACCGACGCCUCCUGCAUUGUGUCCGGCUAUGGCCACUACCUCACCUUUGAUGGCUACCCUUUUGACUUCCAGACCAGCUGUCCACUCAUCCUGUGCACCACAGGAAACAGGCCAAGCUCAGACAUUUUCCCCAAGUUUAUCGUCACAGCCAAGAAUGAGGACCGGGACCCAUCACUGGCCUUGUGGGUCAAGCAGGUGGAUGUGACCGUGUUUGGCUACAGCAUAGUGAUUCACAGGGCCUAUAAGCACACUGUGCUGGUCAACAACGAACGGCUGUAUCUACCCCUGAAACUGGGGCAAGGCAAGAUAAAUAUCUUUUCAUUUGGCUUCCAUGUAGUGGUGGAAACUGAUUUUGGCCUGAAGGUUGUGUAUGACUGGAAGACCUUCCUGUCAAUCACAGUCCUGAGGAACAUGCAGAACAGCACCUAUGGCUUAUGUGGCCGCUAUAAUGGCAACCCGGACGAUGAUCUAGAGAUGCCUAUGGGUCUGCUUGCAUCCAGUAUCAAUGAGUUUGGGCAGAGCUGGGUGAAGAGGGACACUUUCUGCCAGGUUGGCUGUGGGGACCGCUGCCCUUCCUGUGCCAAGGUAGAAGGUUUCUCAAAGGUGCAGCAGCUGUGUAGCCUGAUCCCCAACCAGAACUCUGGCUUCACCAAGUGUCACAGCAAAGUCAAUCCCACUUUCUUCUACAAGAACUGCCUGUUUGACUCUUGCAUCGAUGGGGGUGCAGUGCAGACCGCCUGCAGCUGGCUGCAGAACUAUGCCAGCACCUGCCAGACUCAGGGAAUCGCAGUGACCGGCUGGAGAAAUUACACAGCAUGCUCCAUCACCUGUCCUCCCAACAGCCAUUACGAGAGCUGCGUGAGUGUCUGCCAGCCCCGCUGUGCUGCCAUCCGCCUGAAGAGUGACUGCAACCACUACUGUGUGGAGGGCUGCCAGUGUGACGCAGGCUAUGUCCUCAACGGCAAGAGCUGCAUCCUGCCCCACAGCUGUGGCUGCUACUCAGAUGGCAAAUAUUAUGAGCCCAAGCAGCUUUUCUGGAACAGUGACUGCACCCGGCGCUGCCGCUGUUUUCGGCGCAACCUGAUCCAGUGCGACCCGCGCCAGUGCAAGUCAGACGAGGAGUGCGCCCUUCGGAAUGGGGUGCGUGGCUGCUUCAGCACCAGGACCUCCUACUGUUUGGCGGCGGGGGGCGGCGUCUUCCGCACCUUCGAUGGAGCCUUCCUCCGCUUCCCAGCGAAUUGUGCCUUCGUGCUCUCCACCAUCUGCCAGAAGCUGCCAGACAUCUCCUUCCAGCUCAUCAUUAACUUUGACAAGUGGUCGUCUCCUAACCUCACUAUCAUUUCGCCCGUUUAUUUUUACAUUAAUGAGGAGCAGAUUCUCAUCAACGACCGGAACACUGUCAAGGUGAAUGGCACACAAGUGAAUGUCCCAUUUAUAACCGGGUUGGCAACCAGAAUCUACAGCAGCGAGGGCUUCUUGGUGAUUGACACCAGCCCUGACAUCCAGAUACACUACAAUGGUUUCAAUGUCAUAAAAAUCAGCAUCAGUGAGCGGUUGCAGAACAAAGUGUGUGGCCUCUGUGGUAACUUCAAUGGGGACUUAACUGAUGAUUAUGUGACCUUGCGGGGAAAGCCAGUGGUGAGCAGUGUGGUGCUGGCCCAGAGCUGGAAAACCAAUGGCAUGCAGAAGAGGCUUCUUGCCCCCAGCUGCAACGAGCUGCAGUUCUCACAGUAUGCUGCCAUGUGUGAUAAUGUGCAUAUCCAGAAGAUGCAGGGCAAUGGCUACUGCCUGAAGCUCACGGAUAUGAAGGGCUUCUUCCAGCCCUGCUAUGGGCUACUUGACCCCCUCCCUUUCUAUGAAUCCUGCUAUCUGGAUGGCUGCUACAACCACAAGAAGUUCCAGCUGUGUGGCUCCCUGGCUGCCUAUGGAGAGUCCUGUCGUUCCUUUGGGAUCCUCAGCACUGAGUGGAUUGAGAAGGAGAAUUGCUCAGGAGUGGUUGAAGAUCCCUGUGUGGGGGCAGACUGUCCCAACCGGACCUGUGAGCUAGACAAUGGAGGGGAGCUGUGCGGGUGCAUUGAGCCACCUCCCUAUGGAAACAACUCACAUGACAUUAUUGAUGCUGAGGUGACCUGCAAGGCAUCCCAGAUGGAAGUGUCCAUAUCUAAGUGCAAACUCUUCCAGCUUGGUUUUGAGAGAGAGGGUGUGAGGAUCAAUGACAGACAAUGCACUGGCAUCGAAGGGGAAGAUUUUAUCUCCUUUCAGAUCAACAACACCAAAGGGAAUUGUGGAAAUAUUGUACAGUCCAAUGGCACUCAUAUCAUGUAUAAGAACACAAUCUGGAUAGAAAGCGCCAACAAUACCGGCAACAUCAUCACCAGGGACCGGACAAUCAACGUGGAAUUCUCAUGUGCUUAUGAGCUGGACAUCAAGAUCUCCUUGGACUCUGUUGUGAAGCCCAUGCUCAGUGUCAUUAACCUGACAGUUCCAACCCAAGAAGGCAGCUUCACCACCAAGAUGGCACUCUACAAAAAUGCCUCCUAUAAACAUCCUUAUCGCCAGGGUGAAGUGGUAUUGACGACCCGAGAUGUGCUGUAUGUAGGGGUCUUUGUGGUUGGAGCUGAUGCCACACAUCUGAUCCUGACCCUGAACAAAUGCUAUGCAACACCCUCCCGCGACAGCAAUGAUAAGCUUCGCUACUUCAUCAUUGAAGAAGGGUGUCAGAACAUUAAAGAUAACACUAUUGGCAUCGAGGAGAAUGGUGUCUCCCUGACCUGUCGCUUUCACGUCACAGUCUUCAAGUUCAUUGGGGAUUAUGAUGAAGUUCAUCUUCACUGUGCAGUAUCACUCUGUGACUCAGAAAAGUACUCCUGUAAAAUAAAUUGCCCACAAAAUUCCAGGAUUGCCACAGAUUAUGCAAAAGAACCUAAAGAACAGAUCAUUUCAGUGGGACCUAUUAGGAGAAAAAGGCUGGACUGGUGUGAGGACAACGGAGGGUGUGAGCAGAUUUGCACAAGCCGGGUGGAUGGGCCUCUGUGUAGCUGUGUGACAGGAACGCUGCAGGAGGAUGGCAAGAGCUGCAGAGCCUCUAAUUCUUCCACUGAACUUCAAGUUUGGACACUCCUUCUCAUCAUGACCCAGAUUUCAUUGUGGCAUUUUGUGUAUAAAUCAGUCAUGACCUCAUAAUUCACUCAAGGUUACUAUACAAAGUACUGUAAUUUACUUUUCAACUCCCUGUAGGAUAAACAGUGUGUGCCCUUAAGUCAAAACCCAUUUGAAGGUGACCAGAUGCCACUGGUCAGCACAAUGCCACCUGCCUCACAUGGUCAGAGAUCUGGAAAUGAGUGGAAUUACAUGCUCCUCUUUCAAAGGACACAGCAGUGCUUCUAAAACCAGUUGUGGAAAGUACAUCUCUUGCCUAAAAUUUUCAAACAGCUGUCACUAGAAAUUUUGAUUCACAUAAAUAACUAGUACAAGAAAAAAAAUCUAGUUAGAAAAGUCUGACUGGAAAUCUGAUCAGAGAAGUCUGUCAACCAGUGCUGUUUCUGGAUCAUAGUUUUACAAAGAGGGGACCUGUGGGACAACAGAGAAGCAAUGGCUGAGAGGUUUCACUCCCUCUCAGGAAGUUCUUGAAAGUUUGGAGUGUCUGACCUAUGAUAUGCAUGUGUUGCUCCCUUCUCUUCAUGGUGAACUCCUUCCCUACCCUCAUGUCCUUCAACCUUGCCAUGGCAGCUUGGUCACUGAGUAUAUUGUUUGCAUACCUUGAGAUCCCCACCCCCAUCCCUUCCCCUCAGACCCAAA